CAAAGCAGUUUCAGCCUCCGCACUGCCAUUGUUGUGAGCUCGGAGAGGUGGAAGACAAGGAGGUACUACAGGCAAGUUUCACAUUAACCUCAAAGUUUUCAUCUUUAUAUUUUUCCUUUUCAUGUAAACCGAAAGAUAUAAUCUGUAGAACAAUGGCACGCCGAAUCUGCAGAUCUCUAAUCUCACUCUCCCUAAACAACACCGCUUUUCUCCACAAGCCCCCCAUCUCUAAUUCUCUUUAUGUCCUCUCCUUCACUUCUUCUACACCCGAGAAAUCAAAAUCCUCCUUUCCCAUGCUCGAUUACUUGAUCAAUCACCAGUUUUCCCCAGAAGUAGCCCUGAAAGCCUCAUCAUCCAUUCCAUAUCUGAAGAAUCCUGAAAACUCUGAUUCCAUACUUUCCUUUCUCAAAGAAAACGGUUUUACCAAAUCCCAUAUCGAAGAAAUCCUUAAAAGGAAGCCCAAUCUUCUCUGUUCUAGCGUCGAUAGCACCAUCAAGCCCAAACUUGAGAUUUUUCGGGACCUUGGGUUUUCCCCAGAUGAAAUCGCUGACUUUAUGGCUACUGAUCCCUGGUUGUUACAGAGAAGUUUGGAUAGAAGACUUGCCCCAUCCAUUUCAGUAUUGAAAACUGUUUUAGGUUCAAGUGCUGCUGUUUGCAAGGCCUUAAAGAUUUCUGGGUGGUUUUUGAAACUAGAUUUAGACAAGACUAUGAUGCCCAACAUAGAACUCCUUAGGAGUUGUGGGGUUAGUUCGUCGCAGAUUAUUAAUUUUGUUUACAGUUUUCCUAGAUUUUUCUUGAUCAAACCUGAGGGCAUGAGAGAAUUGGUUAAAAGGGUUGAUGAAUUGGGAGUCAGUAGGGUGUCCAAGAUGUAUCUUUACGCUGUUCGAACACUGAGUUCAAUGUCCCCAGAGACAUGGGAAAACAAACUGAAGCUGUUUAGCAGCUUUGGAUUAUCAGAGGAUCAAAUUUUGUCUGUGUUUAGGAGGUCACCUCAUGUAUUUGCUGUAUCUGAGACGAAGAUUAAGGAGUUUGGUGAGAUGUUGCUAGCCAGGGAAAACAUAGAUGCUUCUUAUAUAUUUGAGCGCCCGGAAUUACUGAUUUACAGUGUUAAGAGCAGGAUGGAACCUCGUCUUGCAGUUUAUGAAAUUUUAGAAAGGAAGAAUUUGCUUAGAAAGAAAACUAAAUUGACUUCACUUUUCAGGAUGUCUCCACAAAAGUUCCUGGACAAUUAUGUUCUUCCUUUUUCAAAUGAGCUUGGAGAUGUACCCAAGGUGUUGUACCCAAGGUGUUGAAGACUCGCACUCGAUGAUUUUCGUCUCCUCCAUUUCAAUCUUCUAGGGGAAAGUUGUUGUAUGGAUUGAUAUUACCUUUUGUUAUUUAAGUUACUGAAACAUUGCAUUUUCGAAAAGGCAGUAAAAAGUUGCAUUCCUGAUUUUAAUUUCUUGUCAUGCAAUAGUCAUUUUUUCUUGGUAUUGUUUUCUUCUGCUUAAUUUCAGGCUGUAUGUUUAGCUGUUAGCCUGUUACACCCCAAUAUGAUUGUUGGUUCCUUCCUUCAUUGAUCAACAAGUUCAAGUUUGAGAGGCAAUUCUUCCUAAAUUUCAUAAUAAUCUCUUCGCAUGUCU